AUGGAGGACCCCGAGAAGAAGCUGAGCCCCAAGAGCGACGACAAGGCCCGCAAAGUACGCUUUAAAAUCGCUUCUUCCUAUAGCGGCCGAGUGCUGAAGCAGGUCUUUGAGGACGGGCAGGAGUUAGAGUCUCCGAAGGAGGAGUAUCCUCACAGUUUCCUCCAGGAGUCCCUUGAGCCAAUGGAUGGUGUUUAUGGGUCUGGGGAGGCCCCCAAGCCCCAAGCCUACUCCCCUAAGCUGACUGCCCAGAGGAUCAGCGUGUUUAGAGAGGGCAGUGCUUAUACUUUGGCCAGCAGCCAGCCUUUCUUCAACGAUUACAAGGCGAAUGACCAUAAGUCCCCACCUAUUAUAGACUUUGGAAAGAUAAUCAUCUACACGAAUAACUUGAAGAUCAUUCGAACCUCGAUGGACAAAAGGGACUUCACGAGGAAAAUUCUCCAGAAGGAAGAGGAGGCUGAGGAAGAGUCUCUGGUGAGCAGAGAGGAAAUCUAUGGCAUCAACAAUCGGAAUGAUGGGCCUUUGCCAGAGGCGGGGAGCACAUUCCCCCCCAAUCAGUACCCACAGGAAGGGGAGCUUCCUGAGGAUAACUGUUUCCACUGCCGAGGUUCGGGCAGUGCCACCUGCUCUCUGUGCCACGGCAGCAAGUUCUCGAUGCUGGCCAACAGGUUUAAGGAGUCCUACCGAGCCCUGAGGUGCCCUGCCUGCAACGAGAAUGGUCUCCAGCCUUGCCAGAUUUGCAAGCAAUAG